AUGGCUGCACGCUCAAUUGGGAAAUCUGUUCAAGAAUUAUCCUUCACUCUUGUUGCCAACUUCAUUAACGAUGCUGCUGCUGAUGUUUCCGCUGUGGAUGCCAACCAAUUGCUCCAAAUAAGACAGUUUUUGAAGGCUAAUAGAACAAAGCUCAUUGAAGAUGAGGCUACGCCAAAAAAAUGCGCCGUCCCCUCAGGCGGUGACAACAAACUACGCACCAUAAUAGCAAACUUACUGCAAAUAAACGUCGAUCAUGACCCCUCGUUUGCCCAUUCUGAAGAUCCCUGCCAUGCUGCUCAAUUCAUUAUCUCGGAGAGGUCUUCUAGACUACAAAUUUUGUACUUGCUUCUCAUCAAUCCAGACAUUGACCUCGAUACGUACUCGUUUUUCAUCAAGGAUAGAUCCAGUAUCGCAGAAAAAUUGAUCUCUUUAAUAUCAUCUACAAUGCAAAACUAUGGCACUGCCACGGCUGCUGCCUUAGAGGAGGGCCAAAAUAAUGAACAGGAUACUUUCACCAUUUUUUCGCUGGUGCAAUUGAAAAACUUCUCCGAUCUGAAACAUGUUUUGCAAACAUUACAAAUUUUGAACUUAAUCAUCCUCAACACAAAAGUACCGGUGAACGUCGUCAAUCGGUGGUUCCUACAGUAUCAAAAUCAAUUUGUUGAAUUCACCAAACAUAUAAUUUCCCCAGACGAGACUAUAGACACUCCGUCGUUACAGUUUUAUAAGUUCCAAAAGUUCCAAGACUUCAGUUACCUUUCAGAGACGUUUGUGUCCAGGAUGUCAUCUUUAUUAACUAUCACAACUGUGUUGAUGCUCGGAUUGAACACUUCAAUCGCUCAGUUUGAUCUUCAAUCACCGUUAUACGCGGAUUCAAAGACUUUCCAAAGUGUCAAUGCCGCUUUGGAAGGUGAUAUUACAACUAACAUCGCGAACAAGGACCCUAUUUUCCACCCAAUGAUCCAUUACUCUUGGUCUUUCAUACUUUACCAUAGGUUGUCAUUGCAAUCAUCGGAGUCAUUUGAAGAUCCAGAUAUAACAAGAUUCGCUCAAUUCGCUGAAUCGCAUAAUGUUUUCCAAGAAUUGACCAUUCUGUCGGAAACAUUGUCUUUUGACCCCAUUUACACUACAAUCAUAACAAUCUUUUUGGAAUACUCUUCAAACUUCAUCCCCAUAACAGCGUCUACUUCCCGGGUUGUCGCCAAGAUAGUGUCACAGGCCCCAAGACAGUUUAUUGAAAAUUUCUUGACUAAUGACACUUUUGAAGAAAAAUUGACUAUUACAAAGGCUAAAUUACCGUUACUAAACGAAUCGCUCAUCCCGUUGGUAAAUUUAUCAUUAAUUGAUACGGAAUUUGCUAAUUUCGAACUAAAAGAUAUAAGUUCAUUUGCCAUCUCCCGAAGCAGUUUGAACGAUUUGGAUUACGACUUGAUAGCGGAUAUAUCAGCCAAUUCUUCUUCGACGUCCUCAGAAAUCAUUAUGCCUGACUUGAUAGAAUUAAAAUCUGAUUUGCUAGUUACGCCUCCCUUAGAAAAAGAAAAUUCCACCUGCCUAAUGUCAAUACCGAAAUCUACAAAAGCCAAAAUUCUUACCAUCAAAUAUCAACAACAACAACAAAAUGCACAACAGGCACCUACUACUUCAAAUCUCAUUAUUUUCCUUUUUAGGUAUAAUGGUUGGUCCUUGGUGGGAAGAAUAUUACAAAACCUACUACAUUCUUACAUGGAAAAAGGGGCCCAAUUGGAUGACUUGCAACACGGAUUGAUGAUAUCUAUAAUCAAAUUGAUUACCAACGUUCUCAAUCCAAAGACACCGAUGGAAAAAUCCAGUGAAAUUCUGUCAUACCUAUCAAAUUCUCUAGACACUCCAACCAGCACUAUAAAUGGCCCGUCGAUUAUUCAAGUAGUUUUCGGAAUCUUUGAGGUUUCACUGCAAAGGAAAGACUACAGCCUAAUUGUGCAAUGUUGCGAAUUCAUGACUAUGCUGACACCAAACUAUCUUCAUUUGGUCUCUUCUUACUUAAAUAAAUCUGAAUUGCUGGAUAAGUAUGGCAAGACAGGUCUUUGCAAUAUGAUUCUUGGUUCAAUUGAAUUAUCGACAGGGGAUUAUACUUUCACUAUUCAAUUGCUUAAAUUAACAAAAAUCUUUAUUCGAGAAUCUCUAUCAUUGCAAAAUAGUCAUAUUUCCAAGAGAACCAAAGUCGAUAUCAUCAAUAAAUUGGUCCUGCAUGCAGUCCAUAUCUUUGAAAGUUAUUACAAUUGGAAGUUCAAUAAUUUUCUACAAAAAUUUGAAAUCGCCUUUCAUUUGACUUCAAUCUUUUAUGAUGUACUUCAUAACGUUUUUACCAUAAACUCACUUCAAAGGGAUCAACUCAUUACUUUUCCCUCAGCAAAUAAAUUGUUGCAAGUCUUCCUAACUCCCAUGGAUUCUAUUGACUUGGCUCCGAAUACUUUAGUGAAUAUUCUCAUUUCGCCGCUAGAUACCACAACAAAGAUCUUAGGUGAUAGGAUUUUGGGUAACUUAUAUUCCAAAUCACUGAAUAGCUCCUUCAAACUAUGCAAACUUUUGAUCUCCAUCAGAGGCAGCAAUCAUGAUUUCAAACCAAGCAACUUGGAAAAAUUACUUUUCGUAAAUUCAUCAAAAUUGGUUGACGUCUACACCUUACCAACUUAUGUUUUCUUCAAAACCGAAAUUAUAGAACUAUUAAGCUAUUUGGUGGAGGCCCCCUGGAAUAAUGACUACCCAUUCUUGUUAUCUUUCCUCGGUGAGACAAAAUCAAUGACAUUUUUAAGAGAAGUUUUGCACGAUUUAAAUUCUACGGUACAAAAUUGGGAUCUCUUACAAAAUCUGUAUAUUUUUUUCGCAACUUUGUUGGAGAGUAAGCAAGAUGGGUUAUCAAUCCUUUUCCUAACAGGACAAUUUGCCUCCAGUAAAAAUAUCAAUGAUGAGUCAUUCAUAGACAAAAACAAUUCAAUAUUAACAAUUCUGCAAAAAAAGUCUUUAAUGCUGGACGCAAUGCCUGAAGAAGUGGGUUGUAAGCUUUUGGAGACAAUCACAUAUGUUUUAAACACCUGGACAAACUCUAAGAUAUUCAUUGAUGAUGCCAAAUUUGUGGAUUCCCUAUUGAAUAAAUUGGAAAACUCUAAAACUUUGUUUAAAAAAAAAACAAACUUGACUCGCGAUGAGACUAUUUCUCUAAUCAAGAAGUACAAAUUAGUUUCAAGGAUAGUGGAAAUAUUCGCGUUGUACAUCUAUAACUCAAAUGACUCAAACGCUAAAAUUCUGAAUUUUUUGAAUCAGGAAGACGUACUUGAACUCGUCCAUCAUUUUUUUCAAAUCGAUGGGUUCAAUAAAAGUCUCCAUGAUGAAUUAAAUCUAAAAUUCAAAAAGCAAUGGCCCAGUUUGGAGUUACAGUCAUUUCAAAAGAUUCCCCUAUCAAAAAUAAACGAAGGCGAGAAUAUUGGUUACGAUAUUCACUUAUUAGACAUAGUAUUGAAGAAUGACCGUAAUUGGUAUGAACCAAGCACCAGCCAGACGAAUUUUAGAAGAGAAGUUACAGAUGCUUCAUUAAAUUUGCAAUACGUCAAUUACGAAAUAUCUACAGCAAAGGCUUGGGGCGCACUGAUCACCACAUUUGUAAAAAGAAGCCCUACUCCGCUAAAUGAUAGUUUCAUCGAAUUGGUAGAGUAUUUUCUGAAGUUGAAUAUUGAUUUCAGUUCGGAUAAACAAAUGUUCACUCAGAUAUACUUGGAGAGAAUCGAACUGUCGUUUUAUAUUUUAUAUUCUUUAAAGUUGUCUGGAAAAUCAUUGAAAGAAACAAAAAUAAUUGAAUUAUUGAGCAAGAUUUUCACAAUUUUUAAAUUUGACGAAAUUGAUUUCAUAAAAAAUAUUGGCCGAUCUUUGAAAAAUGACUUCUAUAGACCUCUACUGAGAUCUGUCUUAAUUCUUUUAGAAUUAGUCUCUUCAGGAGACCAUUUCAUCGAAUCAGUUUCUGACCAACUACUGGAAUUUUUUGAAUUAGUAUUUAGUAAGGGUGUUUAUUUGAUACUAUCUGACAUAUUAUGCCAAAUCAAUAAAUGUUCUACAAAGGGGUUAAACGCUGACCAAGCCACACAGAUUGUCAACCUAGAGGAAAACACCCAGGAUUUGCUGUUAUUAUUAUCACUUUUCAAAAAAAUUACAAAUUUAAAUCCAUCCAAAAACUUCAAAGUUAUUUUAGCAUCAUCUCUAAAUGAGGUUGGGACUUUGAAGGUAAUUUUGAACUUAUACUCCAGUGCACAUUUAAUCAGAAUCAAUGAUGAACCAAUUCUUGGACACAUUACUUUGACUUUCAUCUCCGAAUUAUGUUCAAUCGAACAAGUUGGUGCUAGAUUUAUCAAUAGUGGGCUGUAUACCGUUUUAUUGGAAAGCCCACUGUCUGUGGCCAUACAGCAGGGGGGCAUAAAACCUGAAUUCUCACCUAGAUUGCAUAACAUCUGGAGCAAUGGUUUAUUAUCUAUCAUCCUAUUACUACUAAGUCAAUUUGGUCUGAAAGUUUUACCUGAGACGUGUCUCUUUGUCUCCUAUUUCGGCAAACAAAUAAAAUCUACAAUAUAUAACUGGGGCGACAACAAACUAGCAGUAUCAAGUUCAUUAAUAAAGGAAACCAAUCAGUUGGUUUUGUUGCAGAAAAUGUUAAGCUUAUUAAACUAUCAAGAACUAUUUACCCAAUCCGUGAACUUCGAUGACAAGGAAAACCCCGUAGAAUUGGUCGUUGGCUUAGAUUCAGAUCAUGAUAAAAAAAAGUUGGGGGGUGCAUUAAGCAAAUUUCUAACUCAUCCGAAGUAUUUGAAUUCAAGGAUAAUACCUACUACUCUAGAAGAGCAGCAGCUUUUUGAUGAUGAACCAAAGAGACUGGAAUUUGUCAAGGGUAUCAGCAGAGAUAUUAAAUCGUUGCAAGAAUCACUAUUCAAGGAUGCUUGA